AUAGUAGGGGAGGAGGAUGAGGAAGGUUCCACAGAGGAGCAGGAAGAAGAGGAGGAGGACUGGGAGAAGGCAUUAUCAGUGGAGAGGUUCGGGGACAUCAUCACUGAGUCCGUGUUCAGCAGCGGAGAAAAAAUGGGCCGCAACUACAACGAAAAGGAUUUUGAGUAUCAUCGGCACACCUUUCACCACACCCACCACCCCCUAUCCACCCACCUGCCCCCGCCCCAGCGCCUACGCAAGCGGGUGCUCAGCACGGACAGUGACCGCCGGCGCAAGAAGAAACGAAAGAAAAAAAAGACCUCCAUGCCGCCCUCGGAGGUCACGCCCACCAUCCAUGAGGUAGAUGAGGAGGAGGAGGCGGAGUCUGAGACAGAAGGGCGGGACCAAGAGGCCACGCCCACUGAGCAGCCUGACAACCAACCACGGUUUAGCUUGGGGAGUGAGGAGGAUUUGGAACCGGCUCUCCCUUUCACUUCCUUCCACAUGGAGAGCGAACAACAACAUCUGCCGCCAGAGAAGGCCACACUGGCCACGGCAGAGGAGGUGGUGGUGGAGGAGGAGGAGGAGGAGGAGCAGCAACAGGAGGUUCGGGAGCAACCGGAGGAUGAGGAAGGUGAUGAAGAGUCCAACAACAGGUGCCCCCCCUCUGUGGACCCCCCUAGUGUGACCACCUGCGGUUGGUUCAGGAGGAAUACCCUCCACCCUGCACCGAGGACCAGUUACGACCUGCGGGAGCGCAUCUGCAUCGGCAGUAUGACGACCAUGGAAACAGCCGUGUACCAGAAAGUGCCCACUGACGACGCUGAGGCUGAGAUGCUGGCUAGUGCUGAUCUGGACGACAUGAAAAGUCACCGAUUCGAGGACAACCCUGGAGUGAGGCGUCACCUGGUGAAGAAGUCAUCUCGAUGCCAGCUCCUCCAGACCACCAACAGCUCUUCUCAACUGUCCAGCGUGAAGAAGAAAAGGACGGCUGACAAGAAGACCCAUGAGGUGUUUGUGGAACUCAAUGAGCUGAUAGUGGAUAAGAACCAGGAAAUGCGCUGGAAGGAGACGGCCCGUUGGAUCAAGUUUGAGGAGGACGUGGAAGAGGAGACAGACCGCUGGGGAAAACCCCACGUGGCUUCGCUUUCCUUCCGUAGCCUGCUGGAGCUCCGCAGGACCAUCACACAUGGUGCCGUCCUUUUGGACCUGGAGCAGACCACCUUGCCUGGGAUUGCUCACCUGGUGGUGGAGACCAUGAUCAUCUCAGACCAGAUCAGAGCGGAGGACCGCGCCAACGUGCUCCGCGCCCUGCUGCUCAAACACCACCACCCCAACGACGAAAAGGAGGGCCUCUUCCAUCGCAACCACUCUAGUAACAGCCUUCAAGGCAGCUUCCACCGCAACCUCAACCACGUUCCCAACACUGCGCUGCCCCUUGUGGCCGAAGACCAUGCAGCGGUCCACCACCACCACCAUGACAACAAAGCACCAGACCAUGACAAAGAGGUGUUUGUGAGCUUGUUUAUGAGUGGCAAAUCACAUCACCCCCCCCUGCCGACGGCUCACGACCAUCAGGUUACCAAACACACAAAACUCUUAGCCAAGAUUCCCAAGGACGCCGAAGCAACCGUGGUCUUAGUGGGGUGUGUGGAGUUCUUGGAGCAGCCGGCCAUGGCCUUCAUCAGGCUGAGUGAGGCGGUGCUGCUGGAGUCGGUCCUGGAGGUGCCGGUGCCAGUCCGUUUCCUCUUUGCCCUGCUCGGCCCCGCUCAGUCCAACAUGGACUAUCACGAGAUCGGACGUUCCUUCUCCACCCUGAUGUCUGACAAGAACUUCCACGAGGUGGCUUACUUCGCGGACGACCGGCAGGACCUGCUGAACGGCAUCAAUGAGUUCCUGGACUGCAGCAUCGUUAUCCCCCCGUCGGACGUGGAGGGCAAGGACCUGCUAAAGACGGUAGCCUCCUUCCAGAAGCAGAUGCUGCGCAAGAGGAAGGAGAGAGAGAAUAUUAAGAAGGGCCUGACCCAUGCCACCCCCGGGACAGACCAGGAGACCAAAGAGGUGAGCCAGGACGAGCAGGAAGAGGAGGACCAGGAGGUGGACCCCAUGAAGCGGUCGGGCGUCCCCUUCGGAGGCCUCAUCCAUGACAUCAGGCGACGCUACCCACGCUACGCCAGUGACAUCAAGGAUGCCUUGGACUCACAGUGCAUUGCCGCCAUCAUCUUCAUCUACUUCGCAGCCCUCUCGCCCACCAUCACCUUCGGAGGACUGCUGGGAGAGAAAACAGAGGGCAUGAUGGGAGUGUCUGAGCUUAUCAUCUCCACGGCGACCCUGGGGGUGCUGUUCUCGCUGUUGGCCGGACAGCCCCUGCUCAUCAUCGGAUUCUCAGGUCCGCUGCUGGUGUUUGAGGAGGCUUUCUACAAGUUCUGCCAGGCCCAGGGCUUUGAGUACCUGACUGGCCGUGUGUGGAUCGGCUUCUGGCUCGUCUUCAUAGUGCUGUUGAUAGUAGCGGCCGAGGGCAGCUUCUUGGUCAAAUACAUCUCACCCUUCACCCAGGAGAUCUUCGCCUUCCUCAUCUCACUCAUCUUCAUCUAUGAGACCUUCUCGAAGCUCAUCAAGGUAUUCCAGGAGCAUCCUUUGAUGAGAAGCUACCCGCCUGCUCUCAGCCUGCCCGGUAUGGACUUCAUCAACCCCACAGACCCCGGGGGCCCGGUCCUAAACCAACCCAACACAGCCUUGCUGUCUCUCGUCCUUAUGCUUGGCACCUUCUUUGUGGCCUUCUUCCUCAGGAAAUUGCGCAAUAGUCGCUUCCUGGGCGGGAAGGCCAGAAGAAUCAUCGGAGACUUUGGCAUCCCCAUCUCCAUCCUCUUCUCUGUACUGUUGAGUUACUCCAUCCCCGACACGUACACCCAGAAGCUGAAUGUACCGUCUGGUUUCUCGGUCACGUCUCCUGACAAGCGGGGCUGGUUGAUCAGUCCAUUCGGUGACAAGAAGCCCUUUCCCUUGUGGAUGAUGGGGGCUUCGGUGGUGCCCGCCCUCCUUGUCUUCAUCCUCAUCUUCAUGGAGACACAGAUCACCUCACUAAUCGUCAGCAAGAAGGAGCGUCGCCUGGUCAAGGGAUCGGGCUUCCACCUGGACCUGCUGCUCAUUGUCACGCUGGGCGCCAUGUGCCCUCUGUUAGGCCUGCCCUGGCUCACAGCCACCACUGUGCGCUCUGUCACGCAUGUCAACGCCCUUACUGUCAUGAGCAAGGCCACGGCGCCUGGCGAGAAGCCUAUGAUCCAGGAGGUGAAGGAGCAGCGGGUGACGGGCCUGGUAGUUGCCGUGCUCGUGGGCAUGUCUAUCGUGAUGACGGACGUGCUCCGUAACAUCCCACUGGCCGUGCUGUUCGGGAUCUUCCUCUACAUGGGCGUCACGUCGAUCACCGGCAUCCAGCUCUAUGAGCGCAUCACACUCAUGUUCACGCCCGCCAAGCACCACCCCGACCACAUAUACGUGACCAAGGUGAAGACGUGGCGUAUGAACAUGUUCACCAUCAUCCAGCUGGCCUGCAUCGUGCUACUGUGGGUGGUCAAGUCGACCGUGGCCUCACUCGCCUUCCCCUUUAUCCUCAUCAUGACCGUGCCGCUCCGCCGCAUCAUCCUCUCCCGGAUCUUUGAGGAGCGUGAGCUUCAGGCGCUCGACGGGGACAAUGAGGACUCCCCCAACUUUGACGAGGAUGGUCGGGACGAGUAUAAUGAGAUUCACAUGCUUGUGUAG